AUGUCGUCAGAACAGUCUUUCCGCGACAGCCUCUCGCAGUUUCGCUGGGCGCGCGGCACCACGGACGACUCGCGGCAAGCCCAGAACCUCCAGGGCACCCAGGGAGGCGCGAAUCCCUUCUCGCGCUUCUACAAUGCGAUUGGAAACGGCUACAUACCCCUACGUUCUGAGGAGCGGUCUAACGAGGAGGAGGCGUAUUUCGCGCUGUCGAGAUGGGAGAGGCUACUGGGCUUUGGGGCGUGCUUAAUCGGGGCGGCCGUAUGCUUCUUCGUCGCGUUCUUGACCGUCCCCUUCAUCGCCCUCCGCCCCGCAAAAUUCGCUCUCGCCUUCAGUCUGGGGAGCCUUCUCGUGAUGUUCGGGUUCUCGGUGCUCAUCGGGCCAUUAAACCACCUCAAGCACCUCUUGUCCAAGGAGCGACUGCCGUUCUCCAUCGCGUACAUCGCCUCGCUCGCCCUUACCCUCUACUUCUCCCUCGGGGCGCACUCCUACCUCGGCUCGCUCCUCGGCGCGAUCGUCCAGGUCAUCGCGCUCGUCUCGUACGUGCUCGCGUACUUCCCCGGCGGCAUCCAGACCCUCCGCUUCGGCGGCCAGAUGGCCCUCCGCGGCGCCGGCAGUCUUCUCCCGAUCUGA